AUGUGGAUUCUACCUGCCAUGAAAAUUAAGAGAACCUCCAGUGUUGCUGGAGAACAUCCUGGCAGUGUGAUGGAGUAUCCACUUGAGAUCUUGUUGAUGGGGUACUACCAAACUGAAAGACCUAUACAUUCAAAGUCUUGUUUGAUGGUCCUGGAACCAAGUAUAGUCUUACGGGGAAUCAAUCCCUUAGACACGGAGAAGGACGGAGGACAGGAAUGGGCAGAGUCUAAGAUGAUAUUCAAACUGGAGAAACUACUACGGGUGUACAAGACCAUUCUUUUCUGUCUCCAAGAGGGAGCAGACCCAGAGGUCACCAUGUGUGUGAAGACCAGUGAGACAGUGAAGGCUGAAGAGACUGAAGAAGAUACAAUUGUGAAGCUCAAGGAAGAGGAUAUGGUGGUAUGUGACAGUGAAGAUGUGAAACUUGAGCUUGAUGGAAUAACGCUGCCAUGCAUUCACCUUCCUCAAAUAUCUGGCAACCCAGAUCCAACUACCAGUGCAAUCAUGCUCACAGAGAUGAAGCCUUGGUGCCAUAUUGUUAGGCCAUUCUCUCUGUCGCAGAUCCCAGAACAGGUAGCCAAGUGUGAAGACAUCAGGCAGGGUAGGACACAUCCCAUCAAGUGGGCUGGUUUUUGGGUCACCUGCACAGUUCCCUGGUCACAAGCAGCUUUCUUCUUGCUAGAGUCCACUGAAUCUUUGUAUUUUACUAUGCACUCACUCCACCAUGUACUGCAAUGUGAAAAAUGA